AUGUCGGGAAGACGCUCCAGUGGUUCCUUAGAGGGAAAUACAAGUUUAGCGUUAAGUGAAAAUAUGGAAUACGAUAAUUUAUUUCGAGACAGUGAAGCAUUGUCACAAUAUAUUUCGAAGGGCAUAAACUAUGUGACAGAAGUUGCGGUUGACCUUGAAGAAGUAGACGAAAAAGAAAAGGUCCAAAGAAUGGACGAUUCUUUGCGAAAUAUGAUUGAUAUUGAAAAUAAACUUUCUGCACAAAAAGAGGUUUUAGAAAGAAUUAAAAUUAGGACGAACAAUGGGCGCAAAUUUGAUGAUGUUGUAGAAGUUUAUGAUCAAGAAUGUGAAAAAGCCGUUAAAGAUUAUUCGCAAGUUUCUGAAGAAGAAAAAUACUUAAAGAACGAAAAUUAUGAGGAUUUCCGACAGAAAAUUUGGGAAGUCAAACAUCCAAAUGAACCUAUGCCAUCUCUGAAUCAAAAUGAUGAUGAUGAUAUUGUGGUUGGUCAUCAAAAAGACUCUUUAACUUGUCCAAUCACAACACUACCAUUAGAAAAUCCAGUAACGAGUGAUCUGUGUAAGCAUUCAUUCUCCAAAGAAGCUAUUUUGUCGUUAAUGAGGCAAAACGGCAAUGUUGUACCGUGUCCAAUUCCAGGUUGUGAAAAACAAAUUAUGGAACAUAAUCUCAAGGAGAAUAAACGCUUAGAGCGAAAGGUUGCUCUAGAAAAUAAGAAGAAGAAAAAGAGUAAUAAAAUGGACGAUAUUGAGUAUACUAAUAUUGAUGAUUAA